UGGGCAUGGUUCUCUUUUUUUCUCUUCUUCUCCUGCCUUUGGUAUUGAGUUGCUGCCUGACAGGGAAAGCAGCGACAGGCAGGCGAGCGAAGGAGGUGGGGAGAAGGUCCCCGGGCAGAGCAGGGAGGAGAGGAGCUGCAUCUGAAACACACUGGCAUUUUAUACCGAGAAUCCCAGAGAUCAUCAGUAGCUCUACCUCCCUCCCCAUCCAGCUCAUCUGAAGCAUAGGAAUGUGAUAGAAGCGAAUUUGCAAAGUGGUGGAAAACCUGCCAUUUUGCCAACCUGGCUGUUGCUGGAGAUGUGUCCUAUUUUUACACCACGGAAGAUGCUGUUUCUUUCUCCCUCACUGGUGCUCAUUGCUUUGGUGACGUCUCUGAUAUUCAUGUGAUAAAUUAUUCAUGUUGCUGCCUCGGAAACUCCAACCUGUGACCUCAAGAAUUUUAUCAACUGCUGCAUAUCUUCUUUAGUCCUGCUAUAAGCAAUUGCCAUCAUCCAAACUUGUGUCUGAAACACCCCCUCCUUCCUCCAUAUAAACAGAUAACAUGCUCCAACCCGAAGUCCAGAUUCUCAUGAAAGCAUUCAAGCCCAGUCACAUGUGAAGACGGUCAGCACCCUCCUUCCUUUCUGCCAUGUUCUGUGGCUCUUAACACAAGGAGGGUUUGUCUUCAUGAAGAUUCCCAAUCUUGGUAAUGUGAUGAAUAAAUUUGAGGUCCUUGGGGUUGUAGGUGAAGGAGCAUAUGGAGUGGUGCUUAAAUGUCGACACAAGGAAACAAAAGAAAUUGUGGCCAUCAAAAAAUUUAAAGAUAGCGAAGAAAAUGAAGAAGUCAAGGAGACGACACUUCGAGAACUUAAAAUGCUUCGCACCCUGAAGCAAGAAAACAUUGUGGAGCUGAAGGAAGCAUUUAGACGACGAGGGAAAUUAUACCUAGUAUUUGAAUAUGUUGAAAAAAACAUGCUUGAGUUGCUGGAAGAAAUGCCGAAUGGGGUUCCUCCAGAAAAGGUGACAAACUACAUUUAUCAGCUAAUCAAAGCAAUUCACUGGUGUCACAAGAAUGAUAUUGUCCAUAGAGACAUCAAGCCAGAAAAUCUUUUAAUUAGCUAUAAUGAUGUCCUAAAGCUUUGCGACUUUGGUUUUGCACGGAACCUGUCUGAGGGCAGCAAUGCCAACUAUACAGAGUAUGUGGCUACACGAUGGUACCGCUCCCCAGAGUUGCUUCUUGGGGCUCCAUAUGGAAAGGCUGUUGACAUGUGGUCUGUGGGCUGUAUUCUAGGAGAGCUCAGUGACGGACAACCACUUUUUCCUGGGGAAAGUGAAAUUGAUCAGCUGUUCACUAUCCAGAAAGUCUUAGGACCUCUUCCAGCAGAGCAGAUGAAACUCUUUUACAGCAACCCUCGUUUCCAUGGAAUGCGGUUUCCCGCAGUUAAUCAUCCUCAGUCACUGGAAAGACGAUAUCUGGGAAUAAUAAGUAGUGUUUUACUUGACCUAAUGAAGAAUUUACUGAAGCUGAAUCCGUCUGAUAGAUUCCUGACUGAGCAGAGCUUGAACCAUCCAGCAUUUCAAACCCAGAGGCUCUUGGAUCGAGGUGGGACCUCUCCUUCUAGGUCAUCUAAGAGGAAAACUCACCAUUCUGAGAGUAACUUGGCUAGCAGAAAACAGUCUAGCAAAAGCUCUUCAGUUCAGCCACACCACCGAUCAAACAGCAAAGAUACACAGACUCUUUCAGUUGGACCAAAACGAAAUGAAGAAACUCAUCCUCCAAAUGAAACCUUUAUAAAUGGAGCUCAUCCUGCAGGAUCCCAUAGUCCGACAGUUCACCAAAAAAAAAAUAGUCAAAGUGGAUCGGGCAACAAGGAUCCUGCUAGUAACAACUUACCGCAUUUACUUAGUCCAAAGGAUGCAAAGUCAAAGAAUGAGUUUGAUUUUAGUCCAGAGCAAAAGACUUCAGAUGUACCUGGGGCCAAAUAUACUAAAUCAAAUUCACGUUCUCAACAUAAUCGCCAUUCAUUCAUGGAGGGAAAAACAGGAAGCUGGCAACCUAGUGAAAAGCAUACUCGCCACAGCUAUAUUGAUACCAUUCCUCAGUCAUCAAAGAAGAGCAGUUCUUACAUGAACUAUUCCAAAAAUCAUGGUGUCCUGACAGACUCUAAAUCAGUCGGAAAUCUUAGUGAAGCUAGAGGCCAAAUAUUAGAACCCAACAGUAGAUAUUUUCCAUCUAGUUGCCAUGACUUAAACUCUCCAACAAGUCCAGCAGCCCCUAGGCAUGGGGACAGUAGAGGCAUGCUGAGCCCCUCUGGGAGAACAAAUAGAAAAGAGGGAACUUUGGAGUCUCGAAGACCCACUACAAAACACUCAAGAACCAUGGAAGAGUUGAAACUUCCUGAUCAAAUGGACAGUAGUCAUUCACAUUCUCUGUCAGCCCCACAUGAGUCUUUUUCCUAUGGCCUUGGUUAUACUAGUCCUUUUUCCUCACAGCAGCGCCCUCACAGACACUCUAUGUAUGUAAGCCGGGAUAGAGUGCGAGUUAAGGGUACAGAUGCAGCACUAAAUGUCGGUCAGGGCAUGGCAUCAAGAGCCAGUAGUCUCCAGCUAUUAUCACCUCAGGUACAGCAUCGAACACUGACAAGGUCUGUUGGAUCUUCACGUGAAGAUUGUACAGAAGACACCACUAGGCAGGGGGACCAGGUUCCAUCUGAGGUGACCCACUCAAGAACAUUAGCUAAAGACCCCAACAGAGAUGGUGCAGCUUCAUUUCACACGCGACAAAAGACUGAGGGAGGGCCUUACCAUGAUUCGCAUCCUGAUGAUGGAGCUGCGUCUAAAGAAAAUCGGCACAUAUAUAGCGACACAGUUCCCAGACGGGUUGGAAGCUUUUACAGAGUUCCAUCACCUCGCCCAGAGGGUACGUUUCAUGACAACACAGUAUCGAGUCGUGGCUCUUCUCACCCGGUUGAUAGCAGCGGGGUAACAAAUCACUCCAAGAGACAGACUACAUUUGAUCACUGGACAGGGGCAGAAAAGAGCCAUUCUGAACAAAUGAAGGAGAAGGAGAAGCAGGGAUUUUUCCGAGUUAUUAAAAAGAAAAAGAAGAAAUCCCAAACAACAGACUCCAAUGACCCUGAGAAACCGAGACUCAAGAAAAGCCUCUUCCCACUGUUUAGUUCAAAGAACCAUUUAAAGCGCAGCUCUUCUUUGAAAAAGCUGCCUGUAGUCAGUCUUCCAAUGAUGCCUAGUGCCGAUGGGCAAGACCAUCUCCCUGUUCAGAAAGGUGUGCACUCUUCAAGUCACAAAAGCAGCCGGCAAAAAGAGUGGCGCCCAGACAAGAUGGCAGAAAUACAUUCUCAUAGUCAACCACUAAAAUCUCUUUGGAAGCUUCUUCAUCCAUCUUCAUCCUCAAACCACCCAAUGCCACCAGAUCCUCGUUUUCAGCCUUUACCAAACCAGCCACCUAAAACCCCAUCCUUCCCAGAAGCUAGGAUUCAUCCUGUGGGUCAGACUUCAAGUAGUGGAGGAGUUGUCCAUCGGCAGGAUCCACAGCCAAAAAGCAGACAAGGUCUUCAAAUUCCUGGGCAAGCUGAAGCUGUUUGGCAUGUUUCACCCUUAAAUAGAGGGACCAAUGAAGGAGCUCCUUUUCCUGACCAGCUAGCUUCAAAGACUGGACAAAACGGGCUCCCCUUUAACCGUACAAAAAGAACACGAUUGCCAAACCUGAAUGACUUAAAAGAGACAGCUCUUUAGUUGCCACCUAUAUUCAAAGGCAAUGUAUACAUGAAAGUGACUACCGGUUGAAUGCUGAUUUGGAGAAGCGGCUUCAAACAAAUAUUUAAUCCAGUUCUUAUAGCUAUUGAUAUGUGCAAUACGCUUUUGUGAAGCUACACUGUGCAGCGAAUCACCCCAACUAUUCUUAAUUAAUUGUUAGGUUAUCUGCUACCAGUAUUCCUUGUGGCAUUAGAAUGUGCAAUAACAGAAGAUACUGUUGAACUAUUGAUUCCUCUAUUUGUUUCAGGUUAAAGCAAUGGCUCGGAUUUCUUCUGGUUCACCCAUAUAGAGAGGAAGUUUUAUUUUAGAAAAAAAUAGUAUAGUUACAUUGUGGCAGCAUAAAUGGGGACUGACCUGCCAAACGUUCAUAAAUUGAGUCUGUAGAGCCAUAAGAUCAAAAAUAUUACUCUUUAAAGUUAAACCUGGUUGUUUACAUGUAGCACCUAAAGGUGGACGACAAAGAACCCUUGCCUUGAUCCUAUUCCUUUAUGACAGAGUGUGAAUAGAAAUGCAGACUUCGCAAACUCUGUAGACCUGUUUUCUGUCCAUUCACAUUGCCUAAGUACUAAAAAGUAGAGUUUGUAUGAUACAAGUUUACCCCUGUCUAGGGUAUUUUUUCUAGAAAAAAAAAAAACUUCCAUAUUUGAUAUUUUUUGUAAUAUUUAUUUAUGACGAAUUAUUUCCAUAAAUUCAUAUCAUUGUUACAAUGUCGAGUUAUUUUGAGCUGUUCCAAACAUUGUGAAGCCGUACCACAGCUAAAGUAGUUUAUAUGAAAACUUACAAUAUAACAUUUAUAUAUUGCAUUAAGAGUAUUAUAUUAAGUAUUAUAUAGAUCUCUAUAUAUAUGCUUACACACUCAAACAUGGAUGUGUGUAAUUUGUUAAUAUGUUAAAUAACUGUCAUUUUUAUAACGAUGAACAUAUAGGGGAAAAAAAAGUAUUGUUAUGACACUUCUGCCAUAUUUUUAUACAUUUGUGCAGUAUUACACUUCUAAUAAAGGGGAGUAGUAAAACUA